AAACAAAACAAAAAAACCCUUCGCCAAAACCCUUUAGCCGAGAGAGCGGAGAAAAUGGCGAGAAAUGCAAUUCUUCGCUCCCAAGUUCUGCGCCGAGCCCUUGGCAACAACAAGCUUAGCCCGGCUUUACCCUAUAAUCUUCGUUCUAACAACUCUAGUCCCUUCGAAACCCUAAUCCCCUCUAAACCUUUCUCCUCCAUUUUGUCCAAUUCCACCACCGCCACAUGCUCUCCCUUCUCGAAGCUUCCGUUCCUGCAAUCCCGACCUUGUUCCUUUGGCUUUGAAUCUGAAGAACAAGAACCUUCACACUUUGUUCUCAUUCAGUCGGAAAACGAAUUCAACAGUUCACUUUCCAAGGUUCAAGAUGAAUCAUUGCCGGCAAUUUUCUAUUUCACCGCAGUCUGGUGCAAGCCUUGCAGGUUGAUAUCUCCUAUGCUUGAUGUGUUGAGUGGGAAAUACCCGCAUGUGACAACGUAUAAGAUUGACAUUGACCAGGAAGGACUUGUAAGCGUUUUGAGCAAGUUAGACAUUACGUCUGUGCCAACGAUUCAUUUUUUCAAAAAUGGGCAAAAGGCUGCUGAAGUAAUUGGUGCUGAUGUUAUUCGAAUGAAGAAUACUAUGGAGGAACUCUACAAGCCUGAAGAUUCUGAAGAGGGGACGGAUGCAAAUGAUGUAUAAUUUGAUGGCUUUGAAACGUUUAAUGUUGUGAAUUGCAGGUCCUGUAGCAUGAAACCAAGGAGAGAAAACAAAAUAGAUCCAGAUCUUGUGACAAAUUUAUUAGGAUGGUGCUUUAUGUUUUUCCUUUGUUGUUGGAAAUUUUACAUUCGAAACAUCCCCAUUACUAAAAUCCAGUGUAAAAGGGUAAUAUGUUUAAUUACUUGCCAGAUUUUCUUUAUAAAAGAUAACAAGAAAUAUUUCUCUGUUAA